AUGUAAUCCUGAUGUGAGCAUACCACCACCAUUAAAUCAAUUAGUAAUAGAAAAUAUGUUAAGAUUACCUGGACUCAGUGCAGAUACAUUAUUACAAGCUGUUAAAGGAAAUACCUUUGAUCAUGUAUCAGCUAUAUACAAUUUACUUGUUGACCGGUUAGAACCAACAAUGCCUAAUUUACCCAGUAUCCAAAAUAUACCAGGUGAUUAUUUGCCAGAUGGUGCACAUCAAUUAGAAAAGUUUGGUGAAACUGAAGCUGAAACGGAAGAGAAAAGUAGUCUUUAUUUGCCAUCUGGAACUCCUUAUCAUACAACAAGAAGACAUACAGUUGGACCUGGUGAUGCGGUGCAUCAAUCUCCUUCAUCAUAUCCUUAUAAUCAUAUGUCAGGCUAUCAAACUUUACGGCCUCUUCCUAUUCUUCAAUGUAAUAUGGAUCCUCAAGUUUUACCACAUACCAAUUUACCAUUAAAUCUCCCCUUAGUUCAACAUCAACCGCCACAAAAUUUCCAAAUAAAGGAUCAACAUUUAUUGAAACCUCCUCCUGUAAUGGGUGCCAGUAAGUUUCAUAUUAUUGCAUGGAAGAUAUUUAAAUAA